AUGAAUAAUAUCCUGUUAAAACUUAGCAAGAUAAGGGUAACUUCUAGUACGCGUAGAAGCUUAUCUUUGUCGGCGACACAAAACAAAAAUUAUUCAUGUAAAUUACUUGUGGUUGGGGGUGGAUCAGGUGGCUGCACUGUAGCUGCAAAAUUUACAAAAAGACUUAAAAAGGAUUCUGUGAUUGUUCUUGAGCCUAGUUCGACGCACUACUACCAGCCGCUGUUCACGCUGGUCGGUGCCGGUGUUAAGCCGGUUUCGGCAACAUGCCGGUCGGAAAAAAGUGUGCUGCCUUCGGCCGCUACGUGGAUCCAGGAUGCGGCUGAGAGCAUCGAUGCAGAGAAGUGCUCUGUGAAGACCGUGAAGGGUGACGUCAUAAAUUACGAGUACAUCGUGAUCGCCGUGGGCUUGAAAAAUGACUAUUGCAAGGUCCCGGGGCUAAGCGAAGCACUGAAGGACGAGAAUAGCGGCGUCUCCACGAUUUUCGACCCGGUAUAUUGCGAGAAGACCUGGAGGGAUAUGCAAAGAUUCCAGGGCGGAAACGCCGUCUUUACGUACCCCAAUUCACCGAUUAAGUGCCCUGGGGCACCGCAGAAAAUCGCAUACCUUGCUGAUUCUUAUUUCACUAAGGCAAACGUGCGUUCUAAAGCUAACAUCGUGUACAACACGUGUCUUCCCGUGAUAUUCGGCGUGAAGAAGUACGCGGAUGCCCUGCUCAAGGUAGUUGAGCGGAAGAACAUCAAGGUCAACUACCAGACCGUACUCAAAGAAGUGCGGCCCGCCGAAAAGGAGGCCGUUUUCUACAAUACGGCUGAUACCAAUAAGGAGUUCACGAUGUCGUAUAGUCUGCUCCACGCCACGCCGCCCAUGUGUACGCCUGAAUUCCUCCGGAACAGUCCCAACAUGACCGAUGCUGCGGGCUACCUGACCGUGGACAAGUAUACCCUGCAGCACACCAAGUAUCCCAACAUGUAUGGUCUGGGCGAUUGCACCAACACGCCCAAUAGCAAGACCGCUGCUGCUGUGGCGAAACAAGGCUAUGUCCUCGAGCAAAAUCUCCUGAAUACAAUGAAGAAGGAUGAGCCGAAGGAACAUUACAACGGGUACGGGGCGUGUCCACUUGUCACGUCCUACAAUACUUGCAUUAUCGCGGAGUUCCUAUACGACGGUGUACCGAGGGAAACCCUGCCCAUAAACCAGGCACGGGAAAGCAGAUUAGCGUACUACAUGAAGAGGGACUUAUUUCCGUUUUUGUAUUGGAAUUUCAUGUUAAAGGGCAACUACAACGGUCCGGAGUUUGUGAGAAAAAUCAUAAAUCCUUUCGGAAAGUAA